UAGUUAGGUAUGGGUAAUUUAUAUCUAAUGCAUUUUAAAAUUGUUAAAUACAAACAAUAUUUUGAUGAAACAUAAAUUUGAUAGGAAUCCGGAUGCGGCUUUACUGUAUAGUUGGCCUACAGCGGAGUCUUCAAUGCGACAGUCGCGAAGAAGUGUUUGUCCAGCAGUACCAUCCACAUUGCGCGAGUUAGGGGAAUACUUAGAUAUAAAUGCUGAUAGGUAUCAAUGCAACAACCAUAACUUUUACCAGGAAUGGAUAGUGGACAAUGAUGGAAAGUAUAGCGUGAUGUUUGCGUGCCAAGAAAUUAUUAGCGCUGUAGUGAAUCAGGGGGCCACAGAACUACAUGCUGAUGCAACAUUCAAAGUAGUGCCGUCAAUGCCCCAUUGUAGACAACUGUUUAUGUUGCAUUUGAUCCUGCAAAAUCACGUAAAAAAUAAUAAUUAAUUACCAUUAAUUUUAAUUUAUAAUACAAAUAUUAAACUACCUACAUGCAUAUUUUGUCUAGUCUGUUCCUGUAUGCUUUGUAUUGAUGGAAGUAAAGACUGAGGCUGCAUAAUAUAGGAAAGUUUUGGAAAGAUUUUCUCGUAAAUUUCCCGAAGUCAGACCAUUGACAAUCAUGAUCGACUUUGAAACUGCACUCCGCAACGUCUUCUCUGAUAUAUACCCUGAAGCGACAGUAUCUUCAUGUUGGUUUCACUUUGUACAGGUUUGACAUUUUUCUCGUAUCAUUUAUUUUACUUUAACAUUCCCCAUUAAUUAUAGUUAAAGUAAUUUAUUAUUAAAAAUAAAUUAUUUAGAGUUUGCAGAAAAAUAUAAAGAAGAUGGGCUACUCAAACCAUGUAAAACAACACAGAGAAGCUAAAAUGUGCUUGAGGAUGUGUUCAGUGUUAGCACUGUUGCCUGCUCAUCAGAUCGAGCAGGGUUUCCAAGACAUCAAAAUGCAUGCUCAAAAUAAUGGUGUUUUGAUGCCGAGAUUUUUUACAUAUUUUACCAGGUAAAUUGUGUAUACUAAUACACAUGAGUUAUAUGUUUUAUUAUCAUUGGAAAAUAAAAUGUUCUCAAUACAACCUAAUAGUUUAAUUUUUAUAGCUUUUGGCUAACUCGCAAAGGCCCUGAGUGUUUUUCGGUCUACAACCAACCACGCCGAACGAACAAUAAUGUGGAAAGUUUCCAUUCAAAUCUUCAACAGACUUUUCAAGUGUCACACCCAAAUUUGUGGAAAAUGUUGGGUAAGUUUUUUUUUUUACUUAUUUAACAUAUAA